GUGAGGGUUGAGAGGCCUCUCUGGAAGUUGUCCCGGGUGUUCGCCGCUGGAGCUCCGGGUCGAGAGGACGGGGUGUAGCUGCCGGGAGGAUCCUCCGCUGUCGCCGGCUCCCGGAGCCCAGCCCUUUCCUAACCCAGUCCAACCCUACCCAUUCCCAGCAGCCAACGCCUGUCCCUGCCGCGGAUCUCAGCGUUAUCAUGAAUCCUGUCGUCUUCCUAUCCUUACCCGACCUGAGAUGCUCCCUGCUGCUCCUGGUAACUUGGGUUUUUACUCCUGUAACAACUGAAAUAACAAGUCUUGAUACAGAGAAUAUAGAUGACAUUUUAAACAAUGCUGAUGUUGCUUUAGUAAAUUUUUAUGCUGACUGGUGUCGUUUCAGCCAGAUGUUGCAUCCAAUUUUUGAGGAAGCUUCCAAUGUUAUUAAGGAAGAAUAUCCAAAUGCAAAUCAAGUAGUGUUUGCCAGAGUUGAUUGUGAUCAGCACUCUGAUAUAGCCCAGCGAUAUAGGAUAAGCAAAUACCCUACCCUCAAAUUAUUUCGUAAUGGGAUGAUGAUGAAGAGAGAAUACAGGGGUCAGCGAUCGGUGAAAGCACUUGCAGAUUACAUCAGGCAACAAAAAAGUGACCCUAUUCAAGAACUUCAUGAUUUAACAGAAAUCUCUACUCUUGAUCGCAGCAAAAGAAAUAUCAUUGGAUAUUUUGAGCAAAAGGAUUCAGACCACUAUAGAGUUUUUGAAAGAGUAGCAAGUAUUUUGCACGACGAUUGUGCCUUCUUUGCUGCUUUUGGGGCUGUUUCAAAACCAGAAAGAUAUAGUGGAGACAGCAUAAUCUAUAAACCACCAGGGCAUUCUGCUCCAGAUAUGGUAUACUUGGGAUCUAUGACAAAUUUUGAUGGAACGUACAAUUGGAUUCAAGAUAAAUGUGUUCCUCUUGUCCGAGAAAUAACAUUUGAAAAUGGAGAGGAAUUGACAGAAGAAGGACUGCCUUUUCUAAUACUCUUCCAUAUGAAAGAAGAUACAGAAAGUUUAGAAAUAUUCCAGAAUGAAGUAGCCCGACAAUUAAUAAGUGAAAAAGGUACAAUAAACUUUUUACAUGCUGACUGUGACAAAUUCAGACACCCCCUUCUGCACAUACAGAAAACGCCCGCAGACUGCCCCGUGAUCGCCAUCGACAGCUUUAGGCAUAUGUACGUGUUUGGAGACUUCAAGGAUGUAUUAGUUCCUGGGAAACUCAAGCAGUUCGUGUCUGACUUACACUCGGGGAAGCUGCACAGAGAGUUCCACCACGGCCCUGACCCAACCGACACAGCCCCAGGACAGGAAGUCCAAGAUGUAGCAAGUAGUCCCCCUGAGAGCUCCUUCCAGAAACUGGCACCCAGCGAAUAUAGGUACACUCUACUGAGAGAUCGAGAUGAGCUUUAAAACUUGAAAAACAAUUUGAAAGCCUUUCCGACAGCAGCAUCAACUUACAUGGUGGAAAUAGUAAACCUAUAUUUUCAUAACUCUAUGUGUAUUUUUAUUUUGAAUAAACUGAAAGAAGUUUUGGGUUUUUAAUUUUUUUCUCCCCCGACUCAGAAUGCAUUGUCAGUUCAAAUAGUCUCUUUUUUAAAGUCUUUUAGGGUUAAAAAACAAAAAUCAGAGGCCUAUCUACUUUAAAUCUGUCCUGUAAAAGUUUUGGAAAUCAAGUGAAAGGAGGCAUUGCCAGAAACAUACCAUUAAUGUGCACAGCCAGGUUAGGGAGGACGUAGGGACGUUCUCUGUGUACGAUGUGCUUUUCUUUUCUCCUUACGUACGGUCAGUUCUGUCGGUGUUUUCCUUAUCACAUUUCUCAAAGCUAAGGGGGAACAUAUUCUGGAUUCUUGGGAGGGGAAUAAAUUAAAAUGUUCACCCUGA